AUGGAAAUCUUUCGCGCUGAGCAAGAGCAGGCUCGACUUCGUCGCAAGCAAGAACGUGAGAUGGCAAAACUCGUCAAGAAUCAACAAAAGCAAGCCCAAAAGCAGGCAAAGGAGGCUGAAAACAGGCCAAAGAAGCCGGUAAGAGAUCAAAUCAGCGAAAUGGAUCAAGAUCGGCAAGAUCAAGCAGCUCGGAGGACGCUGACGAUUGAGGCAAGCAAUUCGUGCAUAGAGAUUUCGAAAACAUCUGCUUUUGAUGUGUUUGCGGUGUGGAUGAAUAACACCAAUCCCGACUUACUCCUCAAUGGUAGGAGAUUACAGCUUCGAAUCGAUCGAUACAAGAAAAAAUACCUGGAUGCGAAACGCUUUGAGGAGAAUACCGGUGCUGGCAUUGAGAAUGAUCAUGGACCGCAAACACUUGCGGAGGCUCUCGAGAGGAUAUGUCCCUGUUUCGAUCGUCUCGACGCUAUCUUACGAGACAAAGCGAACGUGGUGGCAAUGUUGGAAUUCGACCAUUCUCAACCUGGCCUUGAACCCCCACCUCUUGAAGAAGAAAGCGAUGCAGAGGGAGAUCUCCCCGCUGGGCAACCGAGCGAAGUGGGUGCCACCUCCAACCAGGUAGAAGGACCGUCUGUGUCCGAGUCACCCAAUUUGCUUUCACCGGACAAUUUCACAGAUUCACUGCCCAACAGUACACCAAUUAGCCGCUCGAUGAGUCUUGCAACGUCAUCCUUGAAUCCCCCAAACCAAUCGGCUCAAGGAGAAACGGGAGAUACACAAUCGUCCAACGAUCACUCAAACCUGCCAACAACACCGACUCCCAGUGGCCCCAAUGGGGGUGGGAGACAAUCUGGUCGUGGCCGGCAAACACCUCUCGGCAGGUCCUCGCAAAUGGCAUCAAUCUCGGCAGGCUCCACGUCAAAUGCACCUCAACAAGCGCCCAAGGUCUCGUUGGCAACCGCAUUCUCUAGCUCGGCCGACUCAAGGUUUGCAAUCAUCGAGCGACAAAUACAGAUUGAGCAAGAGAGAUUGAGACUUGAGGAUGCCCGCGAGGAAUCAAAAGAAAAGCGAGAAGUAUCAAGAGUAGAACGAGAGGAUGAGCGUUGGAAACGGCAACUCGACUGGGAGCGGGAACGAUAUGGUCGUGACGAAAAGCGGGCCGAUGAAAAAGAAAGUAGGCAAGUAGCGCUUCGGAACGAGAAAAAAAGUGUCAUCAUGGACCUCGUCAAGCAGGGGAGAACGCAAUCCGAGAUUGAGGCAUACAUCAGACUUAUUUAUGAUUAGGAUUUUUGAUUCGAUUUCAAUCCGAUAGGAUUUUUUUUCCGA